AUGGCUCCCGCCACUCUGAUUUCGUCCGAAACCCCCAACGACAACAAUGUCGUUAUCCAAACCAAAAAGAAUGGCGUGCAGUCAAAGAGUGUUGUGCCCAAGCUCUGGCAGAACCCUCAGACAUUCGCUACCAAGGCCAUUCAAGACCCGUGGUAUACAGCCAUGUUUGGUCUCCAAAGCACCUUGUUUCACUCGUCCAUUGACUUCUUCCACCGCCAUAUGGGCUACAAGUAUCUCAUCGUGCCCAUCACGACCAACAGCAUCAGCUCUCCCAUGGGGCUCGGGUCCGACUCGCAGCCCGUCAGCAUCGAGUUGCACGGCGAGCAGACAUACAUUGCCGACUCUCAGCAGUUUGUGCUUGAAUACGCUCUGCGGCUUCAGGAUGGCCUCGCAGGCUCAUACUAUGUCGGCACCUCGUGCCGUGGAGAGGACCCAGACGCCACGCACUUGAACCAGUUUUGCCACGUCGAGUGCGAGCUGCUCGGCGGGCUUGAUUCCGGCAUGAAAGUGGCCAACGACUACGUCGUGUCGCUUACUGAAAGUCUCCUCCGUGAGCACGCUGACGCUAUUCGGGCCUACGCAGGCUCAACCAGCCAUCUGGACUCUCUGAUUCAGCUGUACAAGAGCAACGGCAACGCGUUCCCAACCAUCACCCUCGACGAGGCCCUGGCCCUGCCUGAAAUGACCGACGACAUGUGGAAGUACGCCGUCGAGGGCGAGCCCCAAUUCGGCCGCUCACUGACCCGCAAGGGAGAGCGCAUGCUGAUCGAGAAGUACGGCGGUGCCUGCUGGCUGCUGGAGAUGGACCACCUCAGCGUGCCUUUCUACCAGGCCUAUACUGAUGACGGCUUCAAGAAGGCUCGCUGUGGUGACCUCCUGCUCGGCUUGGGCGAAGUUGUCGGCUGUGGCCAGCGCCAUCAGACGGAAGAGGAGGCUCUCCAAGCUCUGGCUCAGCAUGAAGUCGACCCGCAGGAGUACGCCUGGUAUCUGGAGAUGCGCCGUACGAAGCCCCUGACCACUACAGGCUGGGGAAUCGGAACAGAGCGAUUCUUGAGCUGGGUCAUGCAGCACGACGAUAUCCGGGACAUUCAGCUUCUUCCCCGACUCAAAGGUGUUGAAUGCAACCCUUGA